CGGCUAAAGUUUCAGAUUGUUAACAAACUAACAAAAAUGGAACAUAUUGUACAAGGUGAGAUGCUGUGAACUGCAAUGGUGCUAUAAAUAGGUACUGACCUCCUUCUACCGAUAUGUAAACAGACAUUCGGGAACGCAAAAUGGUGCGAUUGAAAGCUGUAUAUUCCCUGGUGUUUGUAAUGACAGUGUACGUGAUGUACGAGUUCGAUAGAAGAACAAUCUCAGACUCCUUGGCAAUUCCACAGUACUUCAGUCCCAUAGGUAUAUCGCAAAAGAUCGACAGAAUACAAAGAACGACAUCUGUUCAAAAGCCAAAUCGACUGGUACAGGUAGUAGACUGUGUUAAAAUUAUAGAAGGCGAUGAAAUGGAAAUUGAUAAAGCCAAGCACAUUACUCAACAAGAUCUUGGAAUUAUACCCGAACAGACAUAUAUCGAAUUUACCAAGGAUUGUGACACAUUCAAACAAAUGAGAGGUUACCCGGGGGAGGAGAUGGUAUCGGAGACAGAAAGGGCAUUCCCUAUCGCUUUCAGCAUUCUCCUUUACAAGGAAGUCGAACAAGCCGAGAGGCUGCUCCGCGCCAUCUAUCGACCACAUAACGUUUACUGCCUUCACGUGGACCUUAGUGCCUAUCCCAUCGUUCACCGGGCUGUUACGUCACUUGCCAAAUGUUUUGAUAAUGUGUUCAUAAGCUCAAAAUUGGAGGAUGUGAUAUAUUCCGGUAUGACUAGAGUGAUGGCUGAUUUAAACUGUAUGGCAGACUUGAUAAAAUCGCCUGUGUCAUGGAAAUAUUUCAUCAAUACUCCUAGUCAACAGUUUCCGUUACAGACAAAUUUAGAGUUAGUUAAAAUAUUAACAAUUUAUAAUGGUUUCAAUGACAUCGAAGGCAUCACCCAGCCUAAUCGAAUGAUGAUGAGCAGAAUAACAAACAAGCAUGUAGUUAGAAACGGUAGGAUGGUGAUGACGGCUGCAAAAAUGGAUAAACCACCUCAUAAUAUAUCUAUCGUCAAGGGUAGUGCUUACGGGGUGUUUAGCAGGCAAUUCGUUGAAUUUAUACUUCAUAACCAAGUAUCAACGGACCUUCUUAUCUAUCUUAAUGACGUUAAUAGUCCUGACGAGUAUUACUGGGCCACGUUAAACCAUGAUCGGGUAAUCGGGGCACCUGGAGGUUACACAGGUGAUCCAAACAAAAAACCUUUUCUGGCAACAUAUGCAAACUGGGGAAGAGGUUGUCAUGGCAAGCAUGUCCGGGGUAUUUGCAUAUACGGUUUAGGUGAUCUCACGGAGUUGGUAUCGCGCCAGGAGAUGUUCGCCAAUAAGUUUCACUAUGAUUACCAGCCUAUAGCUCUGAGCUGUUUGGAAGAGUGGCAUUUAAAUAAAACAUUUGCUUCCCUUCCAUUUAAAUCGUAUUACUACAGACAGUUACCUUUCCUUACUGGCCAUUCCAUAAAAUAACGGAAAUUGUAUUGUCAUUAAAAUUAAAUACUAAAGACAUCUGAUUUUGUUGAAGAAUACAAAUAUGUGCAUGACGAAAAGAAGGAUGCACUCAAAUAAUUGCUGUAGAUCAGUAACAGGUUUGAGGAAAGAAUAAGCCUGUUGAACCCCACUGUAUGAUAGUAAAAGGCAACUAAUGUGUCUCUCCCUGUUGAACCCCAAUGUCUCUCCC